CCAAGGCUCCCAGGUAGCCGUAAGGUUGAGGGACCUGGAGUUUGGGUGACGUGCAUAAAGGGUAAAGAGAGGCAGGCGGUGGGUGAAGUGUAUGACAUAUUUGAGUCGGCAAGCAUGCGAUGUCGAUCCGAGAGUUCUUCACUCAUAAAAGGAAUCUCAGCUAGCAGAGAGACUAUAUCCCGUUUCCAACGCUGCUGAGACAAGCGACGACGACGAUGUCAUCGACACAGAGGACAUCGAAGCCGCGAUGGAUCGAGAACUGGAAGAGCUAAAGCGACCUCGGUCUGGGGAAUCUCGGUUUGUGAAUUGCAAAGUGGAUGCUAUCUGCCUGAUUUUUAUUGCGAUAAAGCCGCCUAUCGAUCCCGUACGACUCGUCUGGACAUAUCUGUCUGAGGUGGAACAAACUGGAGUUACCAGAACGAGGUCGGCCCAACGUUAUGCCCCCGUCUCCGACUCUUGUGCUGCCACCAUUGAAGACAUCUUAAACUUGGCGAAACGCCUUUUCCCGCCCCACUUUGAGUUCUAUUCCUUCGACAUCCUUUCUCUGCGCUCAUACGCCUCUGUCCAGUAUAAAAUUAUCAUCACAUCACGAAAUCACACCGGCGUUGACAAAGGAGAGCUUAUCCGGGCUCUCGCAGCAUGUGUCCCAAAAGAUCGCGGUCACUCUGUAGAUCUUGACAAUCCUGACCUAGUCAUCCUCGUGGAGCUAUAUGCUUUCGUCUGUGGCAUCGGGAUCGUCCCAGACUACUAUCGAUUCAAAAGAUUUAAUGCUGUUGCCGUCGGGGAGAACUACAGAAAGGGAGUGGACGAUAUAAAACCUCGUCAGCUGGAGGCGUCCUGAACCUUACCAAUCCCCCCGCCUGGCUUUAUGUCUAUAGUCAACUGUCGAAUACAGCGCCCAUUUAUCCUAAUUCUGCCUCUCCCUCGCACAAUUGUCAUGAUUGCCGUUAUUAAGUUCUUCCACAAAAAGUCUCCUCGUGUUCGGUGCUAUCUUUUGAUGGUUCUGUCCAGUUCCUGGCCGGGAAGAGUCCUGGAUGUUACUAUCGCUGUGAUCCACACUCCGCUCUGCACCAUAUCCAACUAUGAUGCAUCAUAGGCCUCCAGUCCUUCCCUACCUGAUCGAAACGUCCUCGAUCUUGUUUGUUGGUUCACUGUUGAGAAAACAAUAGGGUGGGGGCAACUGAAAAUA